AUGGAACCGUAUUUGGAUGCAAAUAUUAGCAUACUUCGACAGAAACUAGACAACUUCUGUGACCGUAAUGAGAUUUUCGAUCUGAAGAGAUUACUCCACUACUACGUCAUAGAUGUGUUGGGUGAGCUUGCAUUCGGCAGAUCUUUUGGGGUGCAGAUUGCGGAUGAUGAGUCCCUAGUCCCUCCAGUCGUUGAACACAGUCUUCUAGCAGCCGCUACAGGUUCCUGGCCAGCGAUGACAAGAAGACUGAAGAAGUGGCUGCCAAAACUCCCAAUCCCGGCGCUUCGACGCCUAUUCAAAGGUCGUGAGGCCUGCGCUGCUCUUGCGGCAUCCAACGUUCAACGCAGAAUGGAAGAGCUUAGGAGUAUGAUGGGGACAAAUGAAAAAUAUCUCGGGAGAAAGGACAUAAUCACCAGUUUGAUUCUCGCAAAACAUCCAGAAACUGGCGAAAGAUUGAGCCGAGCAGACCUUGAGACAGAAGCAUUUGGAUUCAUUAUUGCUGGCACCCAUACUACAAGUGCAACAACUUUGCUUUUGUUUUAUUAUCUUUUACACUCACCGAAUAUAAUGGCCAAAUGCGUUGAGGAGAUUGAUUUUCAAUUGCCUCUACUUGGGGACUCACAUCCGGCAUAUCUAAUGAGCGAGGUUGAAAAAUGCUUGCCAUAUCUGAGACAGUGCAUAAAAGAGAAUUUUUGUAUUACUCCAGUAUUUACCAUGCCGCUUGCUCGGCGUGUACUUGUACUAGAGGGCGUAACUAUUGGAGGAGAGCAUAUUAAGUAA